GCGGUCCGGAUAACGGUGGCAGAGAGUGUGGCGAAAGUGCGGCUGCGGAAGCGCAGCGAGGCCGGGGAGGAGGAAGCGAGCGCCGCUGCGGGGCUGCGGGGCUCCCGGCGCCAUGGGCCGCCUGCACUGCACGCAGGACCCGGUGCCCGAGGCCGUGCGCGGCGACAUGCAGCAGCUGAACCAGCUGGGCGCGCAGCAGUUCUCAGCCCUGACAGAAGUGCUUUUCCAUUUCCUAACUGAGCCCAAAGAGGUGGAGCGCUUUCUGGCUCAGCUCUCGGAAUUUGCCACUGCCAAUCAGAUGAGUCUUGGCCCCCUCAAAAGCAUCAUGAAAAGCCUCCUUCUGGUUCCGAAUGGGGCAUUGAAGAAGGGGCUCACUGCAGAGCAGGUGCGGACUGAUCUCCUGACUCUAGGUCUUAGUGAGGAGAAAGCUACUUACUUUUCUGAAAAGUGGAAGCAGAAUGCUCCAACCCUUGCACAAUGGGCCAUAGGUCAGACCCUGAUGAUUAACCAGCUGAUUGAUAUGGAGUGGCGAUUUGGAGUGACAUCUGGAAGUAGUGAAUUAGAGAAAGUGGGAAGCAUAUUUUUACAGUUAAAGUUGGUGGUUAAGAAAGGAAAACAAACUGAAAACGUGUACAUAGAGUUAACUUUGCCUCAGUUCUACAGCUUCCUGCAUGAGAUGGAGCGAGUCAGAGCAAGCAUGGAGUGCCUCAGCUGAUCUGUUUCUUGUUCCCUUGUUCCUGCCUCUUCCCUAAUGGCUGCUCCAGGAGCCCCCGCCACCUUGGGAGCCCAGGUGCAGAAUUUCUGGAAAAACAGGGCCCAGUACUUGAGGAGUCCUGCUUGACUCCUCUGUAAGCUCCUCAUGGGAACCGCCACUUCCCAUCUCCUGGGAUGAGUUUUACACCUAGAUGCUCCAACAGCUAUUACAUCUAGGAUUGUUUUCUUUCUUUUGGGGGGUACUUUCACCUCCUAUUAAACAGAGUAAACAAAUGGUUCCUUCAGUCAAAUGGCUGAGUGCUUGUUUGUGGCCGAGGAAGAGGCUGGCAGUAUGGCUGGCUUGUCUGGAGAGGUCCUUUCUAUUUCACUUUAUUUGGAGGGGGAGGGGCAUCGCCAGCCAGUGUUUGCUGAGUCAUGUGUGUGAAAGUCUGUAAAGAACUGAGGCAAGACCCUGUCAUGA